UCCCGAUCGUCUGGCCAUCUUGUGAAACUCGGAAAGUAUGCUUUUUUGAGGUGUGUGUGUGAUUUUUCGUUGAAUUUCAGUGAAAAGGACUGUUUUAUGGGUAAUGUAAAGUCCUGGGCGAGGCCGUUCCUUUAACAACCAACCCGAACGGUCGACUCGUCAUGUCGACAGCCAUGAGAUCAACCCUUCAGACCGUUCCUGAAAGUUUGGAGGUCACUAAACCGAACGCCGCCAGUCAAGACGCCCCAACGCCAGUGUCCACUAAAACGACAGCCAAAGCUUCUGGCGACGCUGUAGUCACCAAGACUUCCAGGUCCUACAACUAUGCUAGUUCCACCAAUAAGAAUUGAAUAAUGAGCCAGGAAGAGCCUUACGAUUUGGGCAUCAGGAUGCUGAAAGACAGGCGUGAAAAAAUCACCCUACAAUCGGGCAAAUACAGUGAACGUUACAAAGAUACAUUUUCGCACGAAGUGAUGGAAGAAAAAUAUCCGAUGAGUGCCAAGUGUCGCGAAACUUUGGAACACUAUCGUAACUUGUCCAGUGAUAAAUCUUCAGAUAGUUCUACAAUUAGUGCGCGUUAUAGUCCAAAUUUGAUGAUGGGUAGUCCUAAGGCAAUGUCUAGUAAUGCCACUAACGAUUUAAAUAAGCAAGAAAAUGCUUUGAUUGGUUAUAAACCUGUACCGGAUCGUGGUAGUAAGUUACCAGUACUUUCACCCGUUACAACUCCUAAAUUGAAAUGGCAAAGAAAAAACAAAGAAGUUAAUAUUUAUAGAAUUAAUCCUAACAUUGAAACUACUGUUACUGUUCAACCCCAAAAAGUUGCCUUAAAUUUAAUUUUAAAUGACAACCCUAGUAGUAGUAGUGAUAACACUAUGAGCCAUUUAGACAAUGUGCAAAGCAUCAUCUCUAAGCUAAAACAAAAAGAGAAACAAGAAGACAACCUGCGAAAAUUUGACGAACUAGUAAAAAAAGUAAUCAGGCAAGAUCCGCCCCCUAAAAACCCAACUCCUCUAAAACCGCAACCAAUAGAUCAAUCCCAAGACAUUCUCAAGCCUGAGAAACCUUUGCUCAACCCAAUGAAGCCUUCAAAGGAAAUCGAAGACUUACAAGCCCGAGGCAUUAGCGAUAUUGAAACUGACGAAGAAUCAAACUUCAAACGUAACGGCAAAGAGCGAAUGAGCACGGGCCAUCAGAACAACAAAGCACCUAAAAAAGGACCUUCAUUGAAUCGUACCAGUAGUGACGUACAGGAUAAAAACGUGGUAACUUUGAAGAGAAAACCUAGAUUAUCCAGGGAUAGGAAUAAGAGCAAUGACAAUUCCGAGUCGGGAGGACGUAGCAAUUCGACGACGUCGGCCAGCAGCGGCCGAAACCGGCCCAGACUGGGCGACGAGCCCACCAUCGGCAAGUACAAACUGCUCAAGACCAUCGGCAAAGGCAACUUCGCCAAGGUGAAACUGGCGAAGCACGUCCCUACAGGAAAAGAGGUGGCCAUCAAAAUUAUCGACAAGACUCAGCUCACGCCCGGAUCUUUACAGAAACUAUUUAGAGAAGUAAGAAUAAUGAAGAUGCUAGACCAUCCAAACAUAGUGAAGCUGUUCCAAGUGAUAGAAACUGAAAAAACUUUAUAUCUGGUAAUGGAGUACGCUUCUGGAGGUGAAGUUUUCGAUUACCUGGUGCUGCACGGUAGGAUGAAGGAAAAAGAGGCGCGAGCCAAAUUUAGACAAAUCGUUUCGGCUGUGCAGUACUGUCACCAAAAGAGAAUUAUUCAUAGAGACUUAAAGGCUGAAAAUUUGUUGUUAGACAGCGAAAUGAACAUAAAAAUAGCCGAUUUUGGAUUUUCGAACGAAUUCACGCCCGGAAACAAAUUAGACACGUUUUGCGGCAGUCCUCCUUAUGCGGCCCCGGAACUUUUCCAAGGUAAAAAAUACGACGGUCCCGAAGUAGACGUCUGGUCACUGGGCGUAAUCCUCUACACGCUAGUCUCAGGCAGUCUACCGUUUGACGGUUCGACGCUGCGCGAACUCCGAGAACGGGUGCUGCGCGGCAAAUACCGCAUACCUUUUUACAUGAGCACCGAUUGCGAGAACCUGCUGAAAAAGUUCCUGGUUCUGAAUCCGGCCAAACGGGCCAGUCUCGAAACGAUAAUGAAAGACAAGUGGAUGAACCAGGGAUAUGAAAAUGACGAACUUAAGCCUUACGUUGAACCAGAGGCGGACAUGAACGACCCGAAACGAAUUGAAGUUUUGGUUAGUUUAGGUUUCAAUCGGUAUGAUGUUGAAAAUUCAUUGGAUACUCAAAAGUAUGAUGACGCUUUUGCUACUUAUUUACUCUUAGGCAGAAAAAGUACUGAUCCGGAAAGUGAUGGCAGCAGGAGCGGAUCUAGUUUAUCCUUGAGAAAUAUGGCGGGACAACAACAGCCCGGUGCUACACAGCCUACAGCUCAAAGUCCUAGUCACAGAGGGGUACAUAGAUCCAUAUCUGCUACGCACGCGAAACCAAAUCGGCGAGCGUCCAGUGGUGGAGAAACGUUAAGGACUGGACCUCAGCCGCAAACGCCCGCUAGCGGCCAAAGUAAUAACCACCAGGGUUCGGGCUUCAAACGUCAAAACACAGUGGACAGCGCAACGAUCAAAGAAAAUAGCCGAUUGAAUUCGAGACCUGCCAGCGCUCAACCAAAGACUAUUACUGAAAAUAGAACAACGGUUGGCCGAAGAUCGACGAUCAGUUACGACGGCAAGUCGGAUAGUACGGAAAAAACGAAUUUGGUUGCUGAUUUACCUAGUCGUACGAGCGCAACUCCUACUGCUGCCAGGCAACAAGCCUUCCCUAGAAACACUUCGUCGAGGAGUACCUUCCAUGGGGGUCAGACAAGGAGGACGCCUCAGUUUACGCCUGGGGCGCCUGGAGAUUCUACUCAUGCUAGGCAAUCGUUUUUCGCCAAGUUUAGCCUCAAGAGUUUCACGAAAAGAGCGUUAGAACCCGGCCAACAAGUUAAGCACAGCAAUUCACCUUUACCUUCCGUGGGCGUUACUGGUAAUGUCGGUGGCGGCGUAGUAGGCGGGGGCGGCACCCAAAACGACGAACACAUCAAGCCCAGAUCCUUAAGAUUCACUUGGUCAAUGAAGACGACUUCUAGUCGAGAUCCUGCCGAAAUUAUGGCCGAAAUCAGAAAGGUGCUGGAUGCGAAUAAUUGCGACUAUGAACAGCGCGAGAGAUUUUUGUUAUUGUGCGUCCACGGAGAUCCCAACACGGACAGUUUGGUCCAAUGGGAGAUUGAGGUUUGCAAAUUGCCCAGGCUGUCUUUGAACGGUGUUCGUUUUAAGAGGAUUUCUGGUACAAGUAUCGGCUUUAAGAAUAUUGCUAGCAAAAUAGCAAACGAGCUGAAGCUGUGACUGGUCGUCAAGGAGACGGACCUACCGAUCAGUGAAGAAAACGAAAGCCCGCCGACGACAUAAAUCAAAAAUGUUUCAGUCAGUGCGAGAAUCGAGUGAAGUAAGUUUCUGUCUCCCAAAAAUAACAACAACAACAACUUUUUUCGAAUAAAUGCUCUAAAAAAAAAAAGAAACGUAUAGGUGAUAAGUUUAAAAACGUUAUUUCAAAACUCUGAACUCUUAAUUCAAGCUUGUGAUACACAUAAUAAUGGGAAUUGAACAGGAUAUAAUACAUAGUGCGAGAGAGGAAUUUUUUUUAAAAACACACGAGAGAUCUCCAUUUUUGUUUUGUUUUCUGCUGGUGUACUAUGUAACGGAUAGAGAUUGUUAUAUCUAUCUCUAUGACAUUUGCUGUCUUUUUUUCUCUUUCCGAAAUUAAUAGAGAUAGAGAAAAUAAUGUCUCUAUUUGUGACAUAGUCCUGGUACUGAUUUCUUUUGGAUUUAAUUAUUUAUGUAGUAUUAUUGUUAUUGAUUAAAACUUUUUUUAGUUGAAUUGGGCUAUAAUAUUUAUUGUAUUUAUUUAACAGUAUAUCAUUGAAUAAUUAUCUCUAUUUCAAAUUCAUUAUAAUCAUCACCCGAUAUACUGGUCAUAGAAGUCUGCGUCAAGAGUAAAGAGUACGGUGACGUCAAAUGCACACAAACCCAAUUUUGAAGACUAAUCGAACUAUCGUAUUGAUGGGUGAUGCUGCCGAACGCCAAGCACAUGGUUCAUUGUCGUACGGCCAGCAGAAAUAUUUAUUUAGUUUAUUUUCUAUUCAAAUUUUUUCUAAAAAGAUACCCCGCUGUUGGUUUCAGCUCGCGGCCGAGGUCAUGGCAGACGAGGGAGAGAGAUCCGAUCCGCGUGUCGUCACUGUACUCUUUACUGCUGACGCGGACUCUACAUAGUAACCCAUUUUAUAUGACUUUUAACUUUUUUAUUUUCAAAAAAACAAAUUCCACACGUCAAUUUUCAUCCCCCCAAAGAGUGGACCUACAACUAAAGUACUUUAUACAAUGAUACUUAGUGAAAAGAGUACAUUUUGUUUGAACCAUAGGGGGCGCAAGCAACAAAAAUGGCGCGUCCUACUUUAAAUGUAAAUAUUGUGUGAUAGUAGUGCGUGUACGGUUAUUGAAUAAAUUCAUUAGUAUAUAAUAAACCUCUUGAGCAUGUUAAAAAGUAGACAAUUUUUUUGUUUGUUUUUUGAGGUUUUUGGGUUGGUAUUGGACAGCUCGGAUAUAUUAGUUGACCUCCAAAAUGUCCAGACCUGACAUCAUUAGUCCAAGUCAAAUAUGUUUGCUGUCCAAUAGGUACCAACCUUAACUGGUAUCUUGUUAUCUACUGGAUGGAUUCCCAAUUAAAAAAAAAACAAAAACUGAGAUAUAUUUUUUAUUUAUUUUUUAUUGAUAAUCCACCUAUACUCUGUCCAACCAACUUACGAAGUGACAAACAACAAACCCUUCAAAAAUGUUGGUCAUUUAUCAGCCCGCUGUACACUGUAGAGUGACGUUUUGUAAGAUUUUGAAAUAAAUAAAUGGCAUAAUUCAGUGUUCAGUGUAAACCUGGCCGCCAAUCUGACUUUGUCAUACUCCGUAGGUUCGUUGGACAGAGUGUAGAUAAUAAUAAAUGCAUUUUUUUUGUUAUUACAAUUAUUUCAUGAAUCCGUUGGAUCUGUAUUAUAGUAGGCUGGACAUAAAGGCCUCAAUAAUGAAUAAUACAUUAUUUCCGGUCUUGUGUAUAUGGAACAUCCAAUGAGUGUACUUAUUUUCGCCCACAUAACAAAUAGGCUAUCCUCACUGUUUCCCAAGCCCCCCCUUCGACUAACUUAUAAGUAGAUAGUGACUCAUUUAUUUAGUAUUUUGUUGUAUAUAUAUAUUUUUUUUAAUGUAUUAUAUUUAAAUCAUGGAAUAAUUAAUUAUUAAGCUGGAAAUAGUGAGUUUAGUCCCAUAGAAUAGUAGAUGAAAUACAAUAAAAAGUAUAUUUAAUUGUUAGUACAGCCUUAGAUUAUAGAGACCGCUGUAAAGAGCAAUGUUGCUUUCCAUUUU